UAUCUUUCUCUCUGUCCCUUUUCUCUCUGUUUUUCUCUUUCUUUCUUUUUCUUUUUUUUUCUCUUUUUUUUUAUUUCCGAAUCAGCCACAGGGAAUCUGCUGCAUAGACUUGUACUAAGUGGUUCAAGCACGCGUGCCGGAAAGCAGAUGACUUGAAGAAUAUUUGAGAGAGACAAGAAGAAGGCAAAACAGAAUCGGAAUUGCGUAGAUAUGGCUAUCAAUUCCUGUUUCCAUUGUGCCUUUGGAUGAACAGAUUGACUUUUUUUGUGUGUUGGAUUUAUUGUUUACCUAUUACAAACAAGAAGAUGGAGUAUACAUGGAGUCCCAUUUCCUUGUGGUAUCCCAAGAACCAAGAUUUCCCCCCUGCUCUUGCAGUUCCCUCACAACAAGUUAUGAGUAUGGACAGAAUGACAGAAGAUGCAUUGCGUUUGAAUUUACUUAAACGGGGUCUGGAGCAGACAGAAGACCGUGAUGAUGUCCUAGCUAAGCGGCUAAAAAUGGAAGGUCAUGAAGCUAUGGAGAGACUGAAGAUGCUUGCACUUUUGAAAAGAAAGGACCUGUCUGGGAUUGAUGUCCCCCAUGAUCUAGGAGUGAAAUCGGAUCCUGGUAAAAUCUAUGAGGAGAAAGUGAAUGGGGGGUUGCGACCUCAUGGGGACAGCAGGAUAACUAUAAAGACUGGAAAAGAAAAUAUUAAUGACGAGCCAGUAGACAUGAGUGCUAGACGGAAUGAUCUGGACAAGGAACGGUUAACACCAUCUCCGGAUGUAAUAGUGCUUUCAGAUAAUGAGGCCUCAAGUCCACGAUGCAGCUCACGUAUGGAAGAUCGUUUAAAAUUGGCAAACUUGGAAAUGUUUAAGGGGAAGACUUUAGAAGAACGGCAGCAGCUUAUCAAGCAGUUACGUGAUGAACUCCGUCUUGAGGAAGCCAGGCUAGUCUUACUGAAGAAACUAAGACAAAGCCAGCUCCAGAAGGAAAAUGUGGUACAAAAGCCUCCAGUUGUACAGAAUGCUGCCUCAGUAGUUCAGCCGUCUCCCGCUUACACCGGACAGCAGGGACUGUCCAAAUUGCCCCCUCGGCCUGGAGCCCCAGGGGUAGAGCCACAGAAUCUAAGAACAGUGCAGGGUCACAGUGUAAUCAGGUCUGCUACUAAUGCCAGCUUGCCACAAUUGCUAAUGCCACAGAGAGUAGUUGCCCCCAGCCCAUCUCAGUUACCUGGACAGCGUGUAAUUCCCAAACCUAGUAUUGUUCGCACUACAACGCCUAACAUAAAUCCACCAGUCAGCUACCAGCAGGACUCUGUUAAAAACAGACACCAGCAGUCCAGUUGGACCAUCCUGCAAUCUACUUCAUCAGUUCCCUCUCAACGUCCACCCUCAUCUACCAUCUAUAUGAACUUGCCCCCUCACAUUCAACCAGGAAAUGUCAGCAGAGUAUCUUCCCCAUUACCCAGCCCCAGUGCUAUCAAUGACCCAGCUAGUUCUCAAGCGGCUGCAAAACUUGCCCUGCGUAAGCAGCUGGAGAAGACACUGCUAGAGAUUCCACCGCCUAAACCACCUGCACCCCUUCUUCACUUUCUGCCAAGUGCGGCAAACAAUGAAUUCAUCUAUAUGGUGGGUUUAGAAGAAGUAGUACAAAGUGUCAUUGACAGCCAAGGUAAAUGUACUCCACUAUUGAGAGUGGAACCAUUUAUUUGUGCUCAGUGUAACACUGACUUCACGCCACAUUGGAAGCAGGAAAAAAGUGGGAAGAUCUUAUGUGAGCAGUGUAUGACAUCCAAUCAGAAGAAGGCACUGAAAGCUGAACACACCAACCGGUUGAAAAAUGCCUUUGUAAAGGCGUUGCAACAAGAACAGGAAAUUGAGCAGCGACUGCAGCAGCAGGCAGCCUUAUCCCCAACUACAGUUCCAGCCGUUCCUAACAUCAGCAAACAGGAGAGCAUGCUAAGGCAUCAUGCCCUUCGACAGCAGCCUCCACAACCCCAACCAUCUUUACAGCAUGGGCUCCCCACCUCCGCACGAACCAUGCUUUCAAGCUUCGCUCAGGCCCCUCAGCUGUCAGUGGCAGGUGGUCUCCUUGGUAUGCCAGGUGUUAAUAUAGCCUACUUGAAUGCCGGAAUGGGAGGCCACAAACCAUCCAGCUUGGCAGAUCGUCAGCGAGAGUACCUCUUAGACAUGAUCCCACCACGAUCCAUAUCACAAUCCAUAACUGGGCAUAAAUAACCCCUACCUAUCUUUCCUUCCCCUAUCCCCUUUGUCGCAUGCAGUGCCUGUACUGGUGCCUACAGUACGAGGGAAAAUGCUUCAGCUCAACUUUGCUUUUCAGAAAACAUUAUUUUUUUUUAAAUGUUUUUAAAGUUUACUAUAGAGACAGGAGUUAACCCUACCAUCUCUGCGCAAAGGUCAAAAGGGAAAACAUUUGCAAUUAGUAUUGUCAUGCAUUCUUCACAGUUCUGUUAUUGUUAUAUUAAGUAACUCUGAUUUAUGUGGAUGGCUCUCGUUGUGGAACUUGUAACAUUUUUAAAUUUGUGCAUUUUAAGUUAUCAGAGAAGGCUUACAAUCAGGGUAGGCUGUCUUAAUUUUAAUUUUUUUUAACUUUGAAAUCAGACGAGUCUCUUGCCUAGCUGUCUGAACUAUUGAAUACUUAAAAAAGUCAUUCUCCCCCUUACCAGAUUAUGCUGUAGGUGACUCCUACAUGUUACUGUGAUGUGGAGGGGCAAGCUUUUCAAGAGGACUAAAGAUACUAUACUGGUCUACUAGCAUUUGAAAUGAAGCAGAUGAUUUGAAAUGAGAGAAGAAAGCCUGCCAGUCAUUUGCCUUGCCAUCCUAUACAAAUAUUUAUAUACAGAUGAAGUUUCCAGCACAAAGUGUUAGCUAGGACACUCAGUCAUGCCAUAUGUUUUAUGUAUAAGUGAAGGUCAUGUUAAAGUAGAGGUAACUUAUCAAGGCUUAUGAAUGCCAGAAAAGCUGCACUGAACUUGCACUAUUUUUGGUGGCAUGUAUUUUCAUGUAAGUGGCAAAUUACUGGGUGUAAAACUGAUGAGGGGAGUGUAAUCUUUGUUGCAUAAGCAUUCUCCUCUGUAUCUGUUUAGGGGAAAUGGUCAGUGAGCAUGUAGCAUCGAAGAGCAAAUAAAUACAGCUGUAUCUGGUUGGAAAGUGUUCCAUUUUUUCAACUCUUUAUAAAUGAAGGCACCUGCAGGGUAUAGGCUUUACUGUUAGAAAAUGGCUGAAGUAAUAAAGGACCAAACCUUAUUUUGUUCAUCCCAUCCUCUUCUCAUAGUAUGUUCUAAACUUUAGAGAUCUUUGUGAGUUCACUUUUCUUAAUUUGAUGCCGUUAGUGCUUAGUCGGUUCCACAAAAAUUUACUUGUGAAAAAAUUGGUUACAUCAUUGUAAAUUAUUCAGUCUAUUGCUUGUCAUACCACUGCAAUCAGCGAAUCAUGAAGAAUAAAAAUUUGUACAUCCUGAAAUUUGAUGUUGACAUGGCUGCUGAAAGCAAAUCGGUGAUGACAGCUGUACUUUGAAGAGAAUACAACCAAAAUGUAUUGCUAGAGUAGCUUAAGUAUGUUUUUAUAGGCGUCUUACAUUUUUAAUUGUUGACUCACGGUUCUGGCCUCUACAUUUUAAUAGCUUGGUAUAGCUGAAAAGGGUGUAUUUGUACUGUGUUUACCUCUGCAUUGGGCUAGACCAGAGUGUUAUUGCUUUAUACACUCUGCUGGACCAGAGUAUUAGUGCUCUGGACCUUCUGCUAGAGCAGAGUGUUAUUGCUUUGGACACUAUCCUAGACCACAGUAUGUGUUCUACACCCAUUUUAAAAAUUGAUUACUGGCUUGUGCUUUUACUGGUAGAGAAACUUACUGUUUUUGCAGUAGUAACCAUCUGAGUUUUAAAACAUACAUGUGACUUGCUUACAUCAAAUACAUGGUCACUGUUUAAUGACCAGUGUGCUGAAAUAUUGGCCUUCAGUGAUGCAGAAUUAAAAAUAUGGGGGGGUAUGAAUAAUAACUUGAUUUUUCAUAUACACUUGAUAUUGGAUAGAUCUUUAUGGAAUACUGUAGGCUGCUUCCUGGAAUUACAUGCAGUAUCCCACCCCAUGAUGUAUACAUCACCCAUAAUUUUAUCCUCUCUAUAUUGACUAGUAGUUACCUUCUAACUCUUAUUAAUUAAUGUGAUUAAGCUUCAUACUGUGGUCAUGUCCCCUUUAUUUUCCCUGCUUAGGGAAACUAGACUGUAGUGCUCGUUUCCCUUUAUUAUUUACUAUAGUUACAUACACAGUUACAUGUUUGUUGUGUUUUUCUUACUUCUUUGUGAUUAAGUUGCCACAUAAACCUGGGGAGUAUUUUUUUCUUAUUCUUAUUGUCCGUUUUUUGGUAAUGACUGAAAAGCUUUCCCCUGGAUCACUUACCUGCUUAGCUCAGGAACAAAGAAAACAUAAAUCUGAAAGGUUUUAGAUUUUUUUUUUUUUACUCAGCUUUGAUGUGUAUAAAAGCAUAUAUACAGUUUGUGUGUUUGCUAAUUAUUCAUUGAGGUGCUCUGCUUUGUGCCCAUUGGAAUUAGGGUGAUCUUUGAUGGGCUCCAACCUUCCAAACCCAGUGACCUUGAAUAGACUAAAUGUAUCAUUGUAAUGAAUGAUUAUUUAUUUUAUAACAUAUGUAAAUACCUUGCUGGACCUGAUAAAAAUUUAAGAUACCAUUUUUUUUUAACCAGCAUCUGUGUGAAACAUGUUGUGUAUUGUAACAGCAGCAUUAACACAAGACAGUAUCAGAUAGAUCCUGAAUGAACUAUUAUUUGAAUAAAAUAGCUUUAUUACCACAGGUGGAAUAUGACAAAAAGGCCUUUUUACAGCUUAGUACUAGGGCACUAACUAUACUGGUCUAUUCAUUGGUAUUGGUCUAGCAGAUAUUUUUCAGGCUGUAUACUGGUUCUUGUGUGUCUACUGCUGUUUGUUUUGAUUUUAUUUGCUUGUGUUUUGACUUUUCAGAGGCCAGAAAACAGGGGAAUGAUCUUUGCAUUACAUCAUAUUGUCUUUCUGCAUUAAUAGUGCCAGUAAUUGUAUGCUGUCACAGGGGCCAUGCCGGUCAAUAUUUUGGAUCAGAGAGAGAGAGACAUAGAUGUAGAUUUAUAUAGCAUUGAAGUAGUUUGCCAUUGUAGACUUCUCUGAACAUUUAGCUGGUUAAAAAAGACAUUAUUACUGUAAGAUACUGUGUGCUUACGAGGAACCAUGGGAACAGAAUUGCUGCAAUCCUCCAUUUAGGCUUUCUCUUUAUCACUAUCUGCAAGUCUUAUUCUUCCCAAAUGCAUUAUUAGUCUGUGUGUCACUUAUUCCUGGAGAAGAAAAUACUUCUUUGGGUUGAGAGAAGUGGACCAAGUAAAGAAAAAAGAAAAAAAGCAUUGCUGUCAUACAAAUGAAGAUGUUAAUAUUGUGUACCAUCAAGAAAAUUUACACAGUAUCAGUAAAUCAGAGAGAAAUUCUGCUUCUCCGCACUCACACUGUGCACACAAAUACUCUACGGAUCUGACAGAAUAUUGUAUUUUGUCAGUCAGUCUAGUUUUUUAUUUAUAUUAUAAUUGACAGUCACUCUGUAGGAUUGCCACCAGGGCAUUCUGUCACUGGCACAGUAGAGAUAUCUGAGAAGACUAAGGAGGUAAACAUUGAGCUGAUGUGACUUUCCUGCAAACCAAAGACAAAAUAUUGGCUACAUUAAGUAAAAGCAGAUUACAGUUAUAGUGUUUGCAUUUAUUUUCACACCAGCAGAAGUUGCCUAUUAUUGUAUGGCAUGUAACUAGUGGAGGCUGAAUUCCCCAUUACCAGUAUGAUGUAUUAGUGCAGUGCCUGAAAAGCAUCAUGCUUUAGUAAGCAACAUACAGCCAUCACCUUCUCAGUAUGCUUUUUUCUGUUUAUGUUGCUAAGAUUCAGAAAAUGUGUUUGAGAAGCUCAUCCAUUGCAUUGUUCAGCACUUUUGCCCCAAAUUUUAAGCACUUAGAACAUAAAGAGACUUAAUGGUAGAAGUAAGAAUAUCAUUAUGAGUGGAUGUAAAAGAACAUGUUGAGAGACUUUUGUGUUUUUUUGUGAAGAGCAGGUCCUCUAUGGUUAUGUCAAGUUAUGGAUGUACCCCUCCCCCCAAACCCAUUGUGAUAAAACUUGUAAUGUUUAAUUGUAACUAUUGGUUACAGAUAUUUUUCUUGUGUAAGGCUGCUACAGAUUCUGUACAGGUAUUUUUUUAACUCUACAGCCCAAGAGGUUUUGAUGUUCAUCUUCUACUAUUGCCAUCCCAUAGGAAAUGACCAGUAAUCAAUAAAGAUUUCAAUUUUAUUAUGGUCAUUUGAGCAGAUGAGUAACAUUUGGUGGCCAUCACACACAUUGCUCCUGUGUUGAAUGUUGGUAUUCCAUAUGUUCUAUACUCGUUCUACCCAGAUGAAGCCAUCCUUCAUCCCACUAGCAAACUUGUAGGACAUUCCAACCAUGGCAGGCAAACUAUUUUUUCUUUUUCUUUGUGUUGCCAGGUUGCUGUUAUAACUCCAAAUGUAUUUUACUUUUUGAAUUCUUGUCAAGACAAACUUGCUUUGAGGUAUUUUCCCACUAGAUUUCUCCCUUUUUUCCAUCAGCUUAAAAGUUUUAAGAGUCACAUCGCGUGUGUAUUUUGAAAUUACAGUAAAGCAGUUAUAUGCUGCAGAUGAAACCAUUGUGGAAGAACAACUUCAAGCUAGUUUUGAACGUAAAAUUUUGAACCAGGGAGUAAAACAAAAAUGUGUGUGUGUGUGUGUGUGUGUGUGUGUGUGUGUGUGUGUGUGUGUGUAUCUAAUUUAGGUAGUUAUUCAUCCUGUUGCUCUUCAGUUUAAUGACCUUCUGUCAUCUUUGACCACUAUCCUGCAGUGUUCAUCCUUCAGAACUUCUGGUAGCUGGAAGUAAUGGAAUGUCAUCUUAUUCUUUUUGGACAUUUGUGAAAUGUGAGUAGUGGAUAAGAAAACUGCAGCUUUUAUUGUGGCUUUAGUAGAGACUGCUUUCCCUUUGAUAUAUGUCCUCUGUUCUUCACCCUUCAGUGGUUUCAUGUAUUAAAGCUGCAAAAAUAUAAUUGUUUUUUCCUUUCUGUGAUAUAGUGGGUUACCUGGUUCAUUGCUGAGCUGUGACUUCGAGUUCAUUGUUGCUAAGCUGGAUUUUUUUUUUGUUUGUUUGUUGUUGUUGAUACUGGUUUCUAAAAGCACAAGUAAGCAUAAUGACUGUAUCAUUGCAAAUCUCAGAAUGCAACCUUUUUUCAAAUUAUGUGACUUGAGUCUAUUAUUGCUGCAGAUUUUAUAGCCAUCAACAGCAGUGCCAUAUUGUUGAUACCAGUUGUUACAUGAUACGAUGUUGGGUAUCGGGUGUCUGUAAGGAGCUGCCUUAAGUAAGCUGCUUUCUGUUUCUGUGUAGUUAUUUGACUGUUGAUGUUUAUUUUACAGAUUUUACCAUUUUGAAUAUAGAUAAUCUCACUGCUGCUUUCUGCAUUAAAGUGGAAGUUUGAAGUCUUUUGCUAGCAAACAUUAAAAAAAAUGUUACUGAACUGUAAACCUAUCAUUUGCACUUCAUUUCUGGAUGUCUCCAGAUGUUCGUAAGCAAUGCUGUUACAUCAGGAUAUUUGUUACGGAAGAAGCAUUUAUUCCAAAAUCAGGUUUUUAAUCUUCUUUCCCCAUGUUUUUCUUCCUUAUCCAGCUCCUUGUCUACUGUAGAUGUCAUCACUAUACAGGUAGAAGACAUUGCAGAUCCGAUGUGUUAAACAUGCACUCAUUCCUUAUUGCUUGAAAGCCAUGCACUCCUUACAUCACUGUAAGGUUUCCCUAUUUUUUAAAUUCAUAUAAAGUAUUGGAGAAACACAGAUGGCCUCUCAAGCAUGUUGAUGCCUUUCUAUAUUAACAUCAUAAUUCUACAGAAAAUGUUGCACUGUUAUCCUACAGUCUCUUAAAAAUCCCAUUUGUCUGGUAGGCUUUUAUGCAUAGGUACCAUUUCCUAUGUGUCACCAGUUUGGUAGGCUUUUACACAUAGGUACCAUUUCCUAUGUGUCACCAGUUUACUUGAGCAAGAAAAGGCACUGCCACCCUCAUAUCCAAGGCACUGUUAAAGCAGAAAGCCUUACAAUCAAGAAAGAGUGCAAUAAAGCAAGAAUGCACUUUCCACUCCAGUUUAGGGUGUGGCACCAGAGUCAGCCCUGUGGCACUUUCAUUUUCUUAAGUUUGACAAAUCUAGGAGGUGGCAUUUGCCAGCUGUCACAGGAAAACAUAUUUGGUCCUUUCACCUGUAUUUAAAACAAUAUUUAAAGGAUUAUCAAAGGACAGGAAUACUCCCAACAAGUGUGUUUUAAUUGAAUUCCCUAUUUGAUUAUUUUUAAAAAGGUGCAGUUCCCACUAGAUAUGAGGUGGAGGUGCUAUAUUCAAAAGCAUUUGUAGGAAGUUCAUCUUAAAAUGUGUUAUAAAUUAUUGACUUUUUGUAUUAUCUUUUUUUUUCAUUUGCAGUUAAUGCAUCAGUUGUAAUAAAGUAAAAACUAUGUGGAGCUGAAUUUAUUUCAGCUUUUAUGUUUUUGUCUGUUUUGUUUAUAAAUGGCUUUUAUAUCUGCUUUAGACUAAGGACUGCUAAAACAGAUGCAUUUGUGUUUCUUUUUUAAGUACCAUGGCAUAUUUUUCCUGAUUUAAAUUCUUAAUUUGCUUACCAUAUUGCUGCCCAAGUUGUAAUAACAUGGACUUGUUUAUGUACAUAGGCUGUUUCUUGAAUAUUGAAAUUUGAAAAAAAAAGUUGUACAUUGUGUAGAAAAGAUAAAAAACAAAAUCUAGCCAUGAAUAUUGUGGUUAUUGUAUGUCAUUUUGUAUGGUGACCUUUGUGUAUUCUGUAAUUAUGUGCAAAAGGUUUGGAUUGCUGGCACUUGCAGAAGUGCUUUUUACAUGUUUACCAUUAUUUCCUGUGGGUGGGUUAAUCAUUUUUGCAUUUGGGUGGAGUUUAUUUACUUGCGAUAUUGAUUCAAAUUUUCAUAAGGGCAUGUUUGAAAUUUGCAAGACUUUUUUUUUUAAACUGGCUACAAGACCUUCCCAGAAAUGUUUUAUCUGCAUUUCCAGAACAACCAUGGUAUAGCGUCUGGGGUAACUCAGAGCACAUAUUGGGGGGGGGGGUGCUUGUAUGUAAACUUUAAACAGAAUGGAAGCUAUAAUUGUCUACAGGUCCUCUUAUAUUUGGAAGUUGUACAUUUCUUUUUCUUUAUUGUAAAUGAAGCCAUAUAUGUGACAACUGUGCAGUCAUCAGUCCUUGACCCCUUUACUUUGCCCUUUUGCUUAGUUCUGCAGCAAUAUAUCAGCAUAUCAUAAAGUUAGGAGGUUAUUUGAGGUGUUCUCAAAUGAAUUCCUGAAUGAUAAAAAUGUUACUGCUUUACAUAGUUCUCUUAUUAAAUAAGUAAAAAAUGUAAAAGCUACAGGACAUAAAAGACUAGUCUGCUUUGUUUUCUGAAGGUUUGCAAGAAUUGUCAGCAUUCUAAAGGUUUUCACAGUGCAGCAUAUUUGUGAGUUCAGUAGACGCACAGUUUGCAGUUACAUAUGAUUUAUUUUCUUUUUGUUUAAACUGUAUUGGUCACUCUUUGGAGCAACAUUGUUGUACUGUUUAAUUUCCUGUUAUACUCAUGUUAAAGUUGCAAAUUGUUUUGAAGAGUAUACCGUGAUUUGAUUUUUCAGUUUCACUGUUUACUCAGUUUUUUAUAACCACACUCACUAAAUGAUGUCAUGGUAGGUACUGGUACAUUUAUGCACAUUUGCAAAGAAUUCUGGGUAAGCAAAACAACUAAAAUCUUUUGAAGAGCAGUUUCUUAACUUACAUUUUGGUUUCACUGCUACAGCUUCACAUUGUUAAAUGUCAUUUCAAGUUGUUCAACCCGGAAGACCCAUUUGAAAACUUGUUUUUCUAGGAAGUAUGCAACUUUUGUUGAUGGGUGCAGCAUGGAGAAAGUACCCUAUACAUUAACUUAGGUAUUGAGACAUUGUGUGGUUAGUCUUUUGUGAUGUCAUGGCAGGAUUUUUCAGCUCCAAGAAAAAUUUCAGUAGGCUAUCCUUGUCAAUAAAAUAAAAACAGCUCACUUUUUACAUCAAAAACUUUAAUUUGGCAUUGUAUGUGCUAGUGAAAUUAUAUCUAACUUCAUGGGUUUGUUACUUACACUUGCUUCUGAAAGUGACCAAAUCGAUAUACUUUAAGCUGGGUCAUUAACGUUUGCUUACAGUGGUAAUGCUGGGUAUUGCUAAUUGCUGUAAUUUGGAGUAUUGUGUCAUAAAGUCUUCUAAGCAAGUUUUGAAAUGUGAACUGUGUGUGAAAACUCAUGUAAAAUUAUUUUGUGAAGCUCUUAUUUUGUUAAAAUGGGCAUUAUCACAAUUUUAAAUUCUAGCAGCCCUCAUUGUUUAUAUUUUAUUUUGUUUCUACUUUCCUGCUGUCCCACCAAUCUUUUCUUUUAUAGUGCAUUUCUUUGAUUUUUCUCUCAUAAGGUACACUCACUGAGCUACCACAGAACCAACCAAAUCCUGUGUAAAUCUAUGUACCAUGAGUAAAGUUUAUAUAUUAAUGUUAACACUUAAAUGUUUAGGUAAAAUAGCUGCUCUAAAACAUAGACUGUCCAACACAGUAUUGGUGAGCAAGAGUAGAUAGUAAAGUAUUUUGCAAACUUGAAUCAGUCGGUUUUCCAGCAGAGAGCACAUAAUUGCUCGUACUGAAAUUAUUUCCUUCUCAGGUUGUUGAAGAUUCAGAAAGUGCACAAAACAGGGGGAUUUUUUUUUUUAGAAAACGGUGAUGUCCUUCUGUUCUCAUGUUGCAGUAUUCAUAGCCUUUGGGUUAGCCUCCACAGCCUUUGGGGUAGCCUCCACCUAGCAACCCGAGCAUCCAACCAGUAUACAAAAGCUUUAGUCACCGCAAGGUACAUGGGACGUCUGACAUUGGCUGAAGGGUGUGUGGGCCAUAAAAGUAAUGUCAGCACAUGCCUUCCUCAGAACUUCUCUGCUGCCAGUCAAACGUUAGCUCAUCCUGCCGUUUCUGCCAUUGGAUCCUGUGAGUUUAAGGUAAAUACCCCACUAGGGCCUUCUUUCUUGUUCUUGUUUUGGUCACUGCAUGCCUGUCCAGGUUCAUGUCAUCCAGGAAAGGAAAAUGUAGGCGCGGACGUCAGACUCCCUCUAAGGAUGCCCAUGACCUGUGCUUGUUCUUCCUAGGGCUCAGCCACGACCAUAAAUCCUGCUUGAUUUGUCAGGCCUUUGUUCCAAAGGCUGUUCACAGCCAUCUACAUGCUCUUAAUAUCUGUUUAGAAAACCAAAGACUUAAAUGUCUUGCUCUUGCAAUGGAAGAGCUGUGUCCGGUCAGAUCGUCGAGUCACCAAAAAAGAAGGCUAAAGUUAUUAGGCCUGAGCCUAUUGCUGCAUCUCCACCACCUGACGUUCCCCCUGUCGCCGAUGUAUGUCUGGAGGAAUGUACAGAAUUAGCCGUCACUGGUAUAGUGGAUACCGUUCUGGAGGACAGAGAACCAAGGGCUGAAAGCACAUCUGUAAAAAGGAAACAAAAAACUAAGCAUAUUUCUCCACCAUCUGAAAGCUUGCCUGAUUGGCAAGCUUUCUCUCAAGGUUUAUAUAAUGCCUUCAUGGCCCUUAGGUCUUCCAUGGCUGCUUCUCCUCCGGCUGUCCCUCCUGUUAUCAGCCGUUGACCUCAGACUUCAGAUCCUCUUCCAAUUGAAGCAGAAGGAUUCCCAUUCUUAUGCUUCUCAAAUGCCAUCCCCUUUAGGGUAUACCUCCUCAGAGGAGGACUCUGCUGAUGCAGAUUCCCCUGGAGAGGACUUGACCCUUUGGAGAAACCAUCUCUCAAAUGAGAGAGUUUUUCAACUGGGACUCUAAAGAAAUGACUGAAGUACAAAAGAGGUACUAUCAGCUUUUGCAAGGGAAUACUCCUUCACCAUCUGCCGUUCCACCAGACCUAUCAGCUUUCCUGGAUGCCUUCAGUGCAGCUUUAAAAAUCCUGAAUCCCAACCCCUUGUUCUUAGACUGCCUGACAGAUUUUACAAGGUUCCAGAAGGGGCUGAAUUUCUGAUAAAAUAUCCUGUUGCAGACCCUGGUACUGUUUCGGUCUUUGCAGACAGACCCUCAAGACUAUUACCCUCCACCUCUGCCCUUCCAGCUGAUAAGGAAAGUAAAACUAUGCAGCCCAUGGGGAAAAAAGGUAUACACCUCUGCUACCUGGCCUUUAGGGCUGUCAACUACUAGACUCACAUGUCUAAGUACUCCUUGGCCCUUUUGACACAGGUUUCAAAUAUUUUGGCUGAUCUCCCAGGUUCGCCCACUAAGUCUCAAAUCUCUUACCUGAUCGCCCUGUCCUCACAAGUAAUAAGGCACUCUAUCAGAUGCAGUUGUGAUGCUGCAGAGGCCUUGGCCAGAUCAGCAGCUUCUGCCUCAGUGCUCCCAAGGUACUCUUGGCUGAGACUCCAACUGCUACCUAAUGAUAGGGCUAAACACCUAGAUGCCCCCUGGACAGUACUGCCCUAUUUGGGGUCAAAAUGGCUGAGCUUUUUAAACACUUCAACAGAAGUGGAAAGUAUUACAGGAUCUGAAGCAUUUUUUGUGUCCCCAAUUCCUAAAUUCCACAGGAAUUAUCCCACUACGACACAAUUCAUUAGGAAACAUUCUGCUCUUGCUCCUCAUAUUAGGGAUUAAGAAGAGCUCCUGGAAGCAGCAGCCACCUUCUAGGCCUGCUCAGACUGCAACCCAUAAACCUCUGUUUCAGGACAAGGCAGGUAGUCUGUGACUGCCUUCUCCUCUACUUCCUGUAGAUCCCAUAACCCUUUCCCAGAGACACUCUCAUUGUCUUCCCAUCUGAAAAACCAUUAUCUCAGACAAGUGGGUCUUAUCAGUCAUAGAAAAGAGUCAGUUCAUGAUUUGGAUCAUUCCCCCCUUCUUAAGAGGCUUCCCACUGCUACCAAAGGGCCAGCUACCCCUAUUCCAAACAGUCUUGGACAAUCUACUCUCCAUAAGGGACUAUCCAGCCAGUCUCUGUGUCAGAAAAGGGAAGGGGCUUUUACUCUAGUCUUUUCCUGGUCCCAAGAAAAGACGGCCUUGACCCAUUCUGGAUCUCUCCCACCUAAACCUCUUUCUGCAAGUACCCACUUUCCGCAUGCUUACCCUCCAGACUCUAUUCCCACUGUUAAUGCCUAUGGUAUUUCUAGCCAACUUGGACAUCAAAGAUGCAUAUCUACAGAUCCCCAUAAGCCCAAAUACAGAAAAUAUUUAUGCUUUUCUAUGGGUUCUUCACUUCUCUGCUUUACCCUUUGGACUAUCUACUGCUCCAAGGGUAUUCACCAAGUGUCUGGCUCCAGUGGUAGCCUGUUGCAUGGUCCAAGGGAUACAAAUUUGCCCAUACCUAGACAACUUCCUGAUCCAGGCAGAUUGUUACAGUUCUCUACAGAACCAUCUCCAGACAGUCAUUUGUAUUCUGCAGUCCCUGGGUUUCACCAUCAAGUUUCCCAAAUCCAACCUAAACCCCUCCUGGGACCAAGUUUUCCUGGGCUGCAGAAUCCUUCCUCCCCAGAAGGUGGAAAGCCUGAAGGAAUACCCACUCCCUGUCCUCCAAACCCCUGCAAUGACAGCAAGAGAAUGUCUCGGACUCCUGGGGAACAUGGCCUCUAUUAUUCCCAUGUUACCACUUGCAAGACUCCACAUGAGGAAACUUCAGUGAUACCGGAGGUCCACAUGGACCCAACACUUCCACCCCUUGGGCCACUCCAUUCCCUUCCUACCAUGCCAAGGGAAGGAGAUCCUUUGAGGGGUGGAUCAAGUCUCUUGUCAACCCAGGACUUCCCUUACAACCCCUCACUCCAGUCCAGGAAAUGUACACAGAUGCUUCAGACCUGGGUUGGGGGGUUACUUUGGGCGGCUUGAAGGUGCAAGAGGGAGCACAUCAACAUCAGGUAGAUGAGAAUCCUCAUCAUUGCACUGAGAGCCUUCCAAAACAGUCUGAAGCAGGGGCCCCUGAAGUUGUUCACAAACAACACUACUGUUUUUUGGUAUGUGAAGAAACCGGGGGAACAAGAUCUUACUUGCUAUGCAGACUUGCACUCCAAGCCUGGGAAUUAGAAGCCCAGCUGCAGGCGGUCUACAUUCCUUCAGGUCAGAACACUCUGGCAGAUACCUUGAGCAGGUCCAUGACACGUUCACAAGUGUAUGCUACGCAGGGAUGUGUUUCUGGACAUAGUCCACAGGUGGGGCACGCCACAAAUAGAUCUGUUUGCCUCCUCUCUGAACAGACAACUUCCUCAGUUUUGUACCAGGGCACCCAGCCCCCUAGCAAGGGCAACGGAUGCCUUCUCUAUCUCAUGGAAGGGGAUGUUUCUCUACUGAUUCAAGAUGUCUGCAGCUGUCCUGGUACUGGGGUCUGACUGAGACAUUCAGUUCUGAGGUGCAGACAUCACUUUUAUGGCCCACACACCCUUUGGCCAUUGUCAGACGUCCCACGUACCUUCCAGUGACUAAAGCUUUUGUAUACUGGCCGGACAUUCGUGUCACUAACUGGAGGCUAACCCAAAGCUUAUGAAUACAACAACAUGGCAGAGAAGGGCAUCUGUGGUUAUGGUAAGAUUUUACACAACUGUUCUAUAUAGAGGGAUGAAGUGCUGGUGUUUCAUGUACAGGUACUUCGGCAACCUAGUGAGACAGGAAUAUAUACCUCUGACUUUGCCCGAAGAACAGUACUAAACAUCAAGGAAAGGAAGUUUCCUUUCCUUGCGAGGUGUGGCCUUUACUUGAUGUGGUUUAGUGGUAGUGCAGCUGUUAGCAAGUUAGCAGGUUAGCAGGAGAGAAUCUAGUUACUUAAUCAGCACUUACAUUUAUGCUGUUUAAACCUGGAUAAUUGAUCUUCUGUAUGCACAUAGCAGGGAAUAUUGUCAUAAUUUUUUGUGUUUUUUCCAUUAGAAGGAAUUGACUGUUGUAGAAUUAGCUGGAGCACACAGGUCUUUAUUAAAAGGACAUAGGUGAGGCAACCUUCAGGCUUUACAGAGCAGACAGCAGUGAUUUAAAAAUGUGAAAAAAAAUUGGAAGGAAUAAGAUCCAAAAAACAGACUUUUUCAUUACAUGAUUUUUCACCACUGUUCAUAGGAACAAAGAAGUGUAUUUUUAUUGAUGAUGGCUGACCAUUUAUGUGAAAAUUGAAAUUGUAGCGUAGGUAGAAAUUUGUAAAUAAAAUAUAUUCACAAUAAUUUGUAGCCAUGUUUGAAAUUCUGCCAGCCUGGAGAAGUAAUGCACAGGAAACCAGACCUUUUGCACAUGUUUUUCAUUUUUUGCCUUGUGUUGGAAAUCUGAUGUUAUGCAGUUUUAAAUACUGCCAGUCAAAAAUUAUGCAGUGACGAUAAAAAUAAGCUAAUUUUUUGGAGAAUGGGGAAAAAACUUUGUAAUAUUUAUCACUUGCAAGCUAUGUUUAAUAAAGAAAUGAACAGUUUAUAACUUCA